AUGUCGUCUUCUCUCAUGCGGACGUCUCCGCCGCUCGCGUCUCCCUGCUCCUCGUCCUCUCCUCUUCCGCUCCGCCGCCAUCCUUUCCUCCUCCGCUCACCCGCGGCGAAUCUCGGCUCCCGGCGGCUCCUCGGGGAGAGCUUCUGGGUUCCCCCCGCACGGGGCCCCGCAGGGCUCCGGAAGAAGAUCCCCCGAGUAGUUCUGGAUGGAUCUCCCGUCCUCGAUUCGUCGCCCUCGUACAAUCGAACGAGCUUCGAGGAGGUCGCCGCGCUGAAGUUGAAGCUUCUGGUGAGCCCUCUUCCUGUUCACAGAAUGAAUCUUCCAUAAUCGUAGAAGAUCUCGUGCUCGUUUCACCGAGGGAAUUCUGCACUUCCGCAAAGUAUGGUGUGUAGGCUGUCGGCUUCAGUUGAAUUUAGUCCUGGAAGGUUUUCACCCCCAAUUGGUACCGGGAGUUCGUCCAGGAUUCAUCUCAGCUGAAUUUAAUCUGCCUUCAUCUCAAUUGGUACCAGGAAUUUAAUCCAAGAUUAUAACUAGCAAGAACAUAUCAUCGAAUCAAUCACAGAUAAAAAAUAAAUAAAUCUCAGAAUGAUCUCGAAGCAACCAGAAUGAACGCUUCAGGAGUUCCAUAAUUUGACAUGUUGUGACUGAAUUCCUCGAGCGCCAGCUUGCUUUGCUAAUCUAGAGACUAAAAAAAUGCAGAACACUGUAUCUGGGCUUAACAGAGGCCUUGCAGCUAGUGAAGAUGACCUAAGAAGAGCGGAUGAAGCAGCCAAGGAGCUCGAGGCCGCAGGAGGGCCCGUUGACCUCGCAGGUGACCUCGACAAACUGCAGGGGAGAUGGAAAUUAGUCUACAGCAGUGCCUUCUCAUCUCGCACUCUUGGGGGCAGCCGUCCCGGCCCCCCCGUCGGAAGGCUUCUGCCGAUAACCCUCGGCCAGGUAUUUCUCUAGAAACUAUCCCCUCCCUAGAUACUGUGACUGAUCAUGCUGUGGGCUCACUAUGGGAGUUCUGGACAGGUUUUUCAAAGAAUCGACAUCGUGAGCAAGGAUUUCGAUAACAUAGUGGAGCUCCAGUUCGGGACUCCUUGGCCCCUUCCACCGGCUGAAGCAACUGCUACUUUGGCUCAUAAGUUUGAAGUCAUAGGUCAGUCUUCCACUUCCGCCCUUUGUUCGAUGAUCUGAUCUGAUCUAAUCUAAGAUAAGAUAGUCCUCAAGCAAACAAGAAAGAUAUCUUCCGGAUUCCUAUUUCAAGAACAUCAGAUCGGUUCACCUGUCUAUCUUGAACCCCUCUGUGAAGUGCGCUACUGAUCUGGCGGAUCCUUCGCUUCAGUGUGUGGAUAACGAUUUCAUUUAGCUCUCAAGUACCAAGAAACUUAUUGUCGGAGUAGCCAGCCACCUUCUUCCCCAAAUUACCGAUCUAGAAUCCCUCGUUGCAUUGAGAUGCCUUGUAAUCCACUGCUCCUCUGAUUCGAUUCGCCAUCCGAUCCUCCUUGCCUUGCUCGUCUUCGUUUUUAGAGAACAUCUUCAAGGGACAACAUCCUGCGAGGCCGCGGCGCAGAUUUAGAGAACCAGACAUUCCAAAAGUUUCCCUCGCGGAAGAAGAAUUUGAGAAUCUAAUGCAAAUGCGCGCUUGCCUCGCAGGAUCGUCAAAGAUCAGGAUCACCUUCGAGAAGACGACCGUCAAGGCCACCGGAAACCUGUCGCAGCUGCCACCUCUGGAGCUUCCCCGGCUUCCCGACUCCCUGCGGCCCCCUUCCAACACCGGCAGCGGCGAGUUCGAUGUCACCUACGCGGACGACGACCUCCGCAUCACCAGGGGGGACAGGGAGGAGCUCAGGGUCUUCGUCGUCUCUUAA